CCCCCAGAACUAUAAAAGGCGUGCGGCGGCGCGCGACCUGAGCGCGCUAGGGUUUAGUGUCGAGGCGGGUGGAGCUACGAGGCGUUGCUGCCGCAGCUGCGUUCACGAUGCCUUCAAUUAAACUGCAGAGUUCUGAUGGAGAAAUAUUUGAAGUUGAUGUUGAAAUUGCAAAACAGUCUGUAACCAUAAAGACCAUGUUGGAAGAUUUGGGGAUGGAUGAUGAAGGGGAUGACGAUCCUGUUCCUCUUCCAAAUGUUAAUGCAGCCAUAUUAAAAAAGGUGAUCCAGUGGUGCACUCAUCAUAAAGAUGACCCACCUCCCCCUGAAGAUGAUGAGAACAAAGAGAAACGAACAGAUGACAUCCCUGUGUGGGACCAAGAAUUUCUUAAAGUAGACCAAGGAACUCUCUUUGAACUAAUUUUGGCUGCAAACUACUUAGACAUCAAAGGCUUGUUGGAUGUGACAUGCAAAACUGUUGCAAAUAUGAUUAAGGGAAAAACACCAGAAGAAAUCCGCAAGACCUUCAAUAUCAAGAAUGACUUCACUGAAGAAGAGGAAGCCCAGGUACGCAAAGAGAACCAGUGGUGUGAAGAGAAGUGAAGUCUUGUGCCUGACACCCAGUGACACUGUAAGGAUCGUUCCAAAUACUGGUUGCACUGCUCUGUUUAUAAUUGUUAAUAUUAGACAACUGCAACAGCAAAUGAAGUUGUACUAGUCGGGUGUUGUUCCCUUUGCAUGUGUAAUGUUUGAAAUAUAGAUUCAAAUCCUAUGGUUUAGUUUUUACCAGUGUAAUCUGAUACCUUUUCCUCUGCUCUGAAUAAAACAAAACUAAGUGUGGACUCUGUAUGGCAAUUAGCACUGCUGCAAAAUUAGUCUUUCCAUGCUUUUAAAUGUGUCACUGUAAGAUUAAAAUAUGUAGGAUUUCCGAAACAUCUGACAUUGUAAAUAAAACCACUUACAAAAGUUUUCUGAAACAGAAUUAAUGAAGCCUAUUUUAUUCAUAGACCAGUGGCUUCUAAGAACUACAGGAUAUCCCAGAAAACUCAUUGGAAGAAUUGUUUAGGAUUUUGUUGGUGGCCCAACUGCCCAGCAAACGCUGAGAACUUUGCUCACUAAAGAUACAUUCUGAUGGCAUAAUAAAGGCUUGGUUGAGGCAUUAAGAGACGUAUUUAAACCCUUCUUAUAGCCAGAUAACAAAGGUUAUGCUCGUUAAUGGAAAUUAUUUCCAAAACCAACAGAAUUAAUUCCACUAUGCUAUCAAAAUCAAACUACCAAAGUUAACCGUUCUUGGACAAUGAAUAUUGGUGCCUGCUACUAGGCAAGCUACACUAUUGUCCAGUGUUUUCUUGAAAUGUUUUAUAGUUCUGUGAAAGUUGUUAGCCUGCAGUGCUGCACAGGCAGUCAGAUUGCAGUGACUUGUCACUGCGUAUACACAGUGUGGUGAUGUGCCAUUUGAUGGUUGUCUAGGAAAAACCACUUGUAGGUAGCUGAAUAACUUUCAGAUUUUACAGUUCCCUUGUAGGGAUUAGGGAAGUGAUAUGCAGUAAGUUUGUUUUGCAUUCCAUUUUAUGUAUGUACACUAGAGUAGAAUAAUUUUUAAUAAAUAUUCUUAACUUCAAAAGAUCCAUGGUGACCUUUCAACAUUUAAUAUGGGGGGGGGGGGGAAACAACUGAGAAGUGGAAACGGUGGCAAUGUUGGGGGAAGCAGGGGGCAGCAGGAUAGGCCUUGGAGUGAGGCAGAUUUGUGGUGCAAGGCAGAAAAGACAGAUGGCCAGGAAAGGAGAUGAAGAAGAGGAAAACGAUGAGAAGAACAACAAUGCAGGAGAUUUUUUGCAGCAGCAGAGACUGCACAUACAUGCCUGCGAGGGGAGGCAUCUUAAAAUAGUGGUAGUUUUUCCAGUUUCAUGGAAACAUUGAAGGUAAACUGUCUCUUGAAGUCUUCCCAUAAUAUGUCCAGCAGUAUUAUCCGUUUCCCAUUUUCACUGUAGGUAAAAGAAUUGAGCUGUUUGUGUGCAUCGCCUCCUCCCCUCUUUUAUGGCAGUUAUUGCUCAAGAGAAUCAAGAAGACAGUGGUUCUUAACCUUUUAUUUAUCGUGGACUUCCUUUAAAUGUUUUUGUUGCCCUUGACCAUCAAAACAUAGCUCAAAGAUUUAUAAACCUAAAUUGCAUCGAAUAUUUAAAGUUGUUUUUCCAAGGUUUUCACAUUUGUAGAAAAUUGAGAAGUAAAUAAAUGCUUAGGCUUCAGCUAUCAGCAUCCUCCAUGCCAGCUGUCCCGGAGGAUAAUGGGAGUUGUAUUACCUGACAUUCAGCUUUUGUCUGUUUGAGCCAGGUGUGGAUGCAGUGGUGUAGUUGGCAAUGGGCUCCUGUGGGUCAUUGGAGUUAAUGGUGGAGACCUCAAUGCACUCAGAGAUGUUCCCACUGGCAAUUGGGUUCUCUCUGCCGCCACUCCAUUUCCCACUUGGCCCUUCUUGUUUGCUCUUGGCUUCGGCACUGUCCUUGGAUUGGGUGGUGGUGUUUAAUUUGUUGGGGGCUUAGAUUCACAAGAUCUAUGUCUCACCAAUCAUCAGAUCUGUCCAUGUCACACUUACUUCCUCUACACAGAUGAUACCACUGUCUGACUGUCCUUAUGACUUACUGUUUCCUUGUUUUAACUGUAAAAGCUCAUAGCAUUUAUUUCAGCUUUUGUGGAUCCCCUGAAUGUCUAGAGGAUUUGUUUGUGUGUAUGUUUUCUACACCUCUCUCAAUCCAGAAAGGAUUUUGUGAUCAUAAAAGGUGAAAUUGCAGUAAACAUUUUCGACCUUU